CCCCAUCCGAGCUUUUCCUCCUCACCUGUCGUCUCCCUCGACUUCUUUCUUUCCAUCCGUCACCCCUCUCUCUGUCUCACUGGUUUUCUCCACUCCCCCAACCUUCAUGUCAGCCCCCUUCUCCUUGACCAAAAAUCCAGCCCCUUUCCACUUCUGGAGGCGUCGGCGAUGGCAUUCAAGCAGGUCUUCUGCGCCCUGCGAGAGGUCUUCCCGCAGGUUGAUCUUCGAAUAUUGAAGGCUGUAGCCAGUCAGUAUUCCUCUGAUGUUGAUGCAGCUGUUGGAUUUGUUCUUUCCGAUGUCAUUCCAGCAGUAAGCGAACCUACUGAAACAGUUUUUACACUCCAAGAUGUUGAUUAUGCAGAACACGACCAUACUGAUUCCAGGAAAUCUAACUUGCACUCUGGAGGGAUAUCAUUGGUGGAUCUAGGAGCUCGAGAGGAUACCAGUGCCCUAUUUGGUACGUCAGCUGAGAGCAGUGGCACUGUUGGUGAAUGUGAUCCGUUUUCAGAUUAUGAUGGACCAUUCCAGAGUAAGAACAAAAUAGAAAAAUGUUCCCAGAUCGAGGAUAAAGUGGUGAUAAAUGAAACAAGAAUUCCUACAACAGUAAUGAACAGCCUUCUUCAGGAGCAUUAUGCUCUGCUUGGAUCGUCAUCGACAUCUGCAGCGGAGCCACAUAUGAUGGAGUAUGAGCAGUCUGAUUCAGGAGGAUGUAAUGAUCAUUGUGCAGCUGAAAAAGAUGAAGUGACUCCAGAGACUGAAAUAGGCAACCGCAAACACUGUAAUGAUAAUUAUGAGCUAUCAGAUUUGCUUGCCUCUUCUGGGAAUAUGUUGCCAUUAUUUAAGGAGAGCCCUUCAGAUUGUGCAGUGAAACAUGGAGGGCAAGUGCCUCUGAAACUUUCUGAUGAGGUAAGUAAACAUGAUUUCGACAAGUCAGAAGAUAACUGUUACUUGGAAACCUUACUUGUGAAUUUUCACUCAAAGGAAGACAAACAGACAUCAAAGAAUUUGCCAAAUGCUCCAACUGUCCAUACGCUCUCCAACCCAAAGGAUAAUAAUGACUUACAAGUUCUGUUUGAAAACAAAGAUAAUGCUGGAGAAGAGUUGGGUGCACUCUGUACUGCAGAAAAUACCCCUGAGCUCCACAAGUCAGCAAAUGAUGGCAACUUCUACAAUUUAUUUGGCGAUCUAUGCACAGUUGACGAGACAACAAAAGUACCAUUGAAUUUUACUGAGGAGAAAAAUGAGCAGUCUUUUGUUAAGCUAGACGAUCAACACAAGCUAUUUGACUUAUUUGCCUCAUCCAAAAUCGUAGAUAAUUCAUUACAACCCUUUCAAGAAAAGGGUGGUUCCGAGACAGUUCAUAAUGAGGAGCUACCUUCAAUACAUCUCAAUUUCAAUAAUCGCCGAACUUUUACUAAUAAAAGUGAGGGAUUUCUUGAUAACUCCACUCAGUCAUUUCAUAUCACUGAAAUAAACAAGAAUAUUUCUGAUAUCACUAAAAGCAAGGAAUCAUUGAGCUGUUUGUAUGAAUCAACAAUCAUGAAAAUGAAAGAGGUUGAGCUUCAGGAGGAAAAGUCUCGACUAGCAAAACAAAAUGCUGACAAGGCACAUCAAAAUUUUCUUGCCAUGGCAGAGCACUUUAACCAGCUCAUUGAGAAUUCGAAAGAGUCAAAUGAUAAGCAAGCUCAAGUAUUGUGUGGAGAAAAUUGUUCGUUGGUGGCUCUAACUCAGGACCUUCAGUCUAAGCUUACCAAAUUGGCUGCUCAAAGAAAUGAAGCGCUUACAGCUGUUCAGGAGAUUAAAUUUCAACUAGAUGCACGUCUAGCAACUUCGAUGGAGGAAGAGGCUGCAGCAAUGGAGCAAAUUAUUCAAGAAGAUAAAUUAGCUCUAUUGUUACGUAAAGAGAAGGAAGCUACAAUGGGGAGCAUAAUGGAGGAGUCAAGAAAGCUCCAAAAGGAAGCCGAAGAGAACAUUUUGCUGAGAGAACAAUUGCUGGACCAGGGUCACAUCAUUGAUAUCAUGCAGGGAGAAAUAGCAAGCAUCCAGGCCCGUGUAAGCAAGCUUAAAUCAGCCUUGGUGACGACUAGCAGCUCAGCUAAUUCUUCCCACAAGAAUGACUGCAAGAGUGCGUCAGUUGACACAGACCGGCCCUUGGGGAGCAAUGAAAACAGAGAUGAUCUGCCUCAGAGGAACCAUGCUAAGGACCAUAUGACGUCUUCGGAUGAUGACGAUGACGAAUGGGAGGUGCUGGAAGCAAAUUAAGCCUAGAGUGAUUCAGUUCACUGUUCAAAUAUGUCUUGGUCAAUAAGAGGACAUCAUUUUGGCUCAUCCAAAAUUUAUGUGCCAAGCAGCAGAAUGUACACAGAAUAUACAGCCCCACUAGUGCACACGGCAGAUUCAUGCACCAAACUGCUACUGUCGGAAGACUGAACCUCCAAACAAUUCAGGUGUUUGGCUCUCGUGCUUUGUAAAUAUGCAGAUGUGCCGAUGGACAUAUAUCAGUGUUUACUGUUGUAAUUAAACUUGGUUGUAAUCUAUCUAUCAUGUAAAUAAACAUGAAGUUAUGUGCCUAUGUUUGUUCGUAGUCAAGUUUAUACAUAUAUAUUGGCAAAGAAUGUGAUUCAAAUGUAUGC